AUGUCACCAAAUGCAACAGCAUUUCGCACACGGAGCACGGGUAGUGCCAAGAAGAUGAUCGCACAAGUACCUCCAUCAAACUCCAUAGAUUUGAUGGGCUCCAAGGUUGGAUCAGUCAAAGAACGUGGUACAAUUGCCGCGCUGGUGGACGCUCACGGCGUUACUAUGCUUCGUCUCCGUGCACAGAAGACGAAAGACGAAUUGUGA